GAUGCUUCUAAACUGUGAUCACUUGCAGGAGGCAGCGCUGCGGCUGGAAGGAUGCGAACGACCUAGGGCGGAGGGGCCAAGGCGGCGGGUCUGAUCGCGCAGAGGACAAACACCCACACUUCGGCGGCCUCGGUCCGCACCUCGCCAGUGAAGCCAAGGACGGGUUAUCUUUUUUCUUUUUUCCUCCCUACGAAGGACUCAAACUUCAGCACUCGGUCCCUUUUCUUGGAUUGCUUUUUGGAGGCGACGGCUUGCUGGCCGCGUUGGGAACCGCCAGGACUGGGUGGUGGCUAACUCUUACUUUUAAGGCGCCCGCAAAGGAUCAGACUUUUUAAAUGUUUGGGAUUCAAGAUACUUUGGGAAGAGGACCAGCUCUGAAAGAGAAAUCGCUGGGCGCCGAGAUGGAUUCGGUCAGGUCCUGGGUCCGGAAUGUCGGAGUGGUGGACGCCAAUGUCGCCGCGCAGAGCGGGGUCGCCCUUUCCCGAGCCCACUUUGAGAAGCAGCCUCCCUCCAACUUGAGGAAAUCCAAUUUUUUUCACUUCGUCCUGGCGCUCUACGACAGGCAGGGGCAGCCGGUGGAAAUCGAGCGCACGGCCUUCGUGGACUUCGUGGAGAACGACAAAGAGCAAGGCAACGAGAAGACCAACAACGGGACCCACUACAAGUUGCAACUUCUCUACAGCAACGGUGUCCGCACUGAACAGGACCUCUACGUCAGGCUCAUCGACUCUGUCACCAAGCAGCCUAUAGCUUACGAGGGACAGAAUAAGAAUCCGGAAAUGUGCCGAGUCCUCCUGACACAUGAAGUGAUGUGCAGUCGAUGUUGUGAAAAGAAAAGCUGUGGAAACAGAAAUGAGACGCCUUCGGACCCUGUCAUCAUCGACAGAUUCUUUUUAAAAUUUUUCCUCAAGUGCAAUCAGAAUUGUUUGAAAACAGCAGGAAACCCAAGGGACAUGAGACGGUUUCAGGUUGUGUUGUCAACAACGGUGAACGUGGAUGGACACGUCCUGGCUGUUUCUGACAACAUGUUUGUUCAUAACAACUCUAAGCAUGGACGGAGAGCGCGAAGACUCGACCCAUCGGAAGGUAGGGCUGUCUGCGUUGAGCACCUGACUUUAUUUCCCAUCUUCCCAGCGACCCCCUGCAUCAAAGCCAUUAGCCCGAGCGAAGGCUGGACCACAGGAGGUGCCAUGGUCAUCAUCAUUGGCGACAACUUCUUUGAUGGUCUCCAAGUGGUGUUUGGGACCAUGCUUGUAUGGAGCGAGCUAAUAACCCCUCAUGCCAUCAGAGUGCAGACUCCACCUCGACACAUUCCCGGCGUCGUGGAGGUGACAUUAUCUUAUAAAUCCAAACAGUUCUGCAAAGGAGCCCCGGGAAGGUUCAUUUACACAGCGUUAAAUGAACCCACCAUAGACUAUGGCUUCCAAAGACUGCAGAAAGUCAUCCCAAGGCAUCCUGGAGAUCCUGAGAGAUUAGCUAAGGAAAUGCUGUUGAAAAGAGCUGCAGAUCUGGUGGAGGCCCUCUAUGGCACACCACACAAUAACCAGGACAUCAUUCUGAAGCGAGCCGCAGACAUUGCCGAAGCCCUCUACAGUGUACCCAGGAACCCCAGCCAGAUUCCAGCUCUUUCUAGUUCCCCGGCACACAGUGGCAUGAUGGGAAUCAACUCCUAUGGCAGCCAGCUUGGGGUCAGCAUCUCCGAGUCCACACAAGGAAAUAAUCAAGGCUACAUCCGCAACACAAGCAGCAUCUCUCCUCGGGGAUACUCUUCCAGCUCCACGCCUCAGCAGUCUAACUAUAGUACCUCCAGUAACAGUAUGAAUGGUUACAGCAAUGUUCCCAUGGCCAACCUGGGCGUUCCAGGAUCACCAGGAUUUCUAAACGGCUCACCCACAGGCUCCCCAUAUGGAAUCAUGUCAUCCAGUCCCACUGUUGGAUCUUCCAGCUCGUCCUCCAUCCUCCCGUUUUCCUCUUCAGUUUUUCCUGCUGUCAAGCAGAAGAGUGCCUUUGCCCCUGUCAUCAGGCCCCAAGGCUCCCCUUCGCCCGCCUGCUCCAGUGGCAAUGGAAAUGGAUUCAGAGCCAUGACCGGACUUGUUGUACCCCCAAUGUAAAGAAGAGAAAGAACUGCUUUCUGAUAGCACAAAACUACUUACUCUGAUGGACCAAUGAUGAGGAAAGCACCCUGAGCUCUUUGCGGGGAGAACUGCACCCCCACAGGAACACGAUGAACACACUUGGGUCUGCAAAGAGCUGGUAUCUUACUCAGUCUCAUGUCCUCCUAUGGUUCUGAUGGUGGCUACACAAACUGACCCUCUUGGGGACAAGGACAAAAGAUGUCAUUGACAUAGUGCUAAGAGCAGAAAUGCAAUUCUUUGUUAUGAACAUUAUGAAAACCAUCUUCCUAUGUUUGUAAGAUAUUUAAGAAAAAAAUUGGCAAACAAUUAAUGCUUAAUAUUUUGGAUACUAUUUGUUUUUCUUUGUAGGAAAAAAAAGUUGAAAGUUUCUAUUUUCUAUGAAGCCUUUCAGAUACCAAUUUAGUUUAUGCAGAAAAAAAAAUUGAACAAAACAGGGUACCAGCAUGGAAGACUUUCUUAAAAUGAAACCUGAAUUGAAUGACGAAAUGUUGUAUGUGUGUUUGCUUAUAGUUUAAUCUCUUAAAAAAAAAAACAAACAAAAAAGGGAAAAAUUUUAAAAUGUUUUACAGUUAUUUAAAUAAAUAAACGUGUAACUUAUUGUAA